CACAGCUCUACCACAUGAGGACUUUCAAAGGGCACUCCCUAACCCCUCAGACCACAGAGGGCCUGCACACACACGCGCAGCACACCACCGAACAGUUGGUUGCUAUCACUGUAGCCUCACAAUGGAUGAAUUUGACUACAGUGUGCACAUCUCGGAGCAAGACUGGCAAUGCUUCUUUCAGGAAUGUGAGGAGUGUGACCUGCUGCCUCCAAGUCUAGCGGGUCUAGAGGACUCGGGAAUGAGUGACAUGGACGAAGUCGGGUCCCAGAGGGCCUGGCCGGACGCUAAGAGCCGAGCUUCGGAUGCGGAGCUCCAGAUCGAUGGCCCUCCCGACUGUGAAGGGCCCCCGGUGGAACUUUACCUCAGCAGGUAUGGUCUGACAGGUCCAAAGCAUGUUCUUUCUGGCAGUGAGGAAGACCUACACUCUGAGACUAUCAACGUGUUCUUUGAAAGACUAAAAGGCUUCUCACAUUGCGAAGACUGUAUGGUGCAAAAGCAUCAGUGGAACGUGGGCGGUGGGACGGCCGGGCAUUUAAAGGAAGCCACCGAAAAGUCUGAUAUUACAGCGGCACCUGGGAACCAGCCGGAGCCGACUCUGUCCAGCAGCAGCCAGGUAGGGUGGAGGAAGGAAACCGCUGCACGCGACACCUGCUGUAGCUGCAGACACAACGAGCCUGCAGCUAUUGAAGUUGACACAUGGACCUGUCCUGACCCACGGCUCCUUACCAACGAAGAGGACCGCUUACAGGAGACAGCGAAAGAAGGGAGGAAGUUGAGGGCAGUAUGGAAAUGUGGUGAUCGAAACCAGGCCAUCUGCCUAAAACCUGAUAUUGAAAAGACGCCAAGCUGCGCUCUGGUCAGCGGCUCCACAGAUCUGGUGAACACAUAUAUGCAGAAGGGAGCAGAUUCUCAGCUAGUGGGAAACUGCAGUUCUGAGUGUAAAGAACCGGGGGCCGGUCAAGGCCAAGGUUCCCCUGUCACCCCUAGAAGAAAGAGAAAGAGGAAAAAGAGAGUGAGCAGUGAACCCACGCAGCCAGACCGCGGACAGGAGACCCCCUUCCGAAUCAGACGAGGUGAGUCUGAGGACAACUCGUGUGUGCGAAGAUGUGAUGUGGUCAGAGAGUGGCGUACAUCGGGAGACUACAGCUCAGGCCCGGUCUCUGAGGCAGUUCACACUUUAUCACCACCAACAGAUAGUGUUUCCUGUUUCCUAGCGGAAGCACGUUUACUCUCAGGGGAUGCAGAUAGCUCCAAGUCUGCCGCAGUAUACCCGAACUCACCGAAAGCGGAUCGAAAGAAUCUCAAGUUUCCAGGCAUAGCAAAUGUCGUGAUGUGUGAAAACGGGGCUCUGACUAAGGAAGCAGCGCCAGCCGGGGAAUCUGCCGUAAGAGCAGUAUCCUCGUCUCCAGAGUGCGGUGUGUGUAAUAAAGAACCAGCGCAUAUGACGCUUCAGAGCGCUGACAGCUCAUCAGCUCCCUCUAGUGGAGAUAAUGGGGGAACUCACUUACAGCUAAACAGCCACACGCCCUCAAGAGAGGAGGCUGCGCCAAAGGCUUCUGAAAUCUUACCAGUAUUUGUUACAAUCUGUGACACGGAGAGGGCGGCAUCAAAGACUUGCGCUAAGAAACCUGCGAUCUCGGAAAAUCUGCCACUGCACAGUGAAGAGUGGACAGAGGAUAAAUGGUCAGUUUUGAAUCACACAGCUUCGAGUUCAUAUGCGAAUGCAACAGCAUUGCAACAGACAGCAAUUCUACCAUCGGGUCACGCGGCCUGUGCACGUGACAGUCCUCGCAGUCAAGCUGGAGAGAGACUGACAUCAGACUCCCGAGAUAAUACAGCAGAUCAGAGGAAAUCUGUAGCUAUCACUUCCUGUAUAACAUUUCCUGAGCUGACAGAGCAAAGUGCUCGCUCAACAUGUUACAACAAUGCUGAAAAGGAAGAGGGUUUAACUCAUAUGAGUCAUGACAGAGUCACCCCAAAACACAGAAAUGGUCAUGACUCACUGAGCAAGGACAGCCUCUCCAGGAUGUGUGACUGUGAAUUAGAGCCACAGUCCGAUUCUCAAAAUAUGGUAAAAGUGCAAAUUAGCCCUCAGAGUUCUGAGAUGAAUGCUUUUGAUGAUCUAAUGAAAUCAGCCCAGAGUUCGUUAAACCUUCCUAGCGAUGAUACAAUCAAGAAUGCUUAUUCAUCUGAAUCAAAAACACAAAUGAAGCAGCUGGAGUCAGAAAUGUCUGCUAUCUCAAAUGAGUCUGUGAAUGAUAGACUUCCCUUGAAUUUCCAAAAUGAAGAUUGGACAGAAGAGGUGUGCCAGUUCUUAAGGACAAAGGACAAAGCAGAUCUACAUGCAAGUCAGGAAGCCCAAAAUAUGAAAGAAGCAGAAAGCUUUUCCCCAAGAUCCAGAAAUGAUGGGCUGUUUACUGAAGAGAAAACCAGGGAAUGCCAGUCCUCUGUAGGGGACUACAAAUUAGAGACCAAUCCAUCUAUUAUUAUUACAGCGAGUGAGGAAGAGAAAGAUCAAAUGCAAUAUGUACACAUGCCACCUCAUUUUCCAUCAAAAGAAAAUGAGUCAACACAAGAAUCAGCAGCUCCUACUCCAGAGUCAAUGCAUGGAGUCAUAGAUCCAGAACCUGUAUGUCCGGCCGCCACAAAUCAGCCCACACCUCCUCUAUAUGCCAUGUCCUCCUUUUGGAACGAAAUGGAGAAACUAACCAUUAAUGACAUUUUGCGCCUUCGCAUGGUUGGCCAAGCUCAUCCUGGCAUCCUGCUUCAGCCCGAGGACAGCAGCACAGCCGACACCUCAGACACGGCAGACUCGGGAUAUUUCACGCACUCGGACGACUCAAAGCCCGACCGCUCUAGUGGGGACAUGGCGCUUAUGUCUGACUUCGACGAAGAGUUUGCACAGCUCCAAGCACAAGAUUCAGCUACACUUGGUGAGGGGUCGAGACAGUCUCCCAAACCGAGGGCCGUUAUGGGGGACAGGCAGCAGGGUGCGGCCGGAACGGAAGACGUGUUCAUGGGAAGCUUUGAAACAGCCCUUCCUCCACCUCCCUACGGGGAUUCGGCUCAGCAGUGCCUCAGGAAGAUGUGCAAGAACGUCAGUGUUCAGAACCUGCAAACGUACGAAGCUCAGCCCUGCGGAAAAAUCCCGAGUAAUGCCUCCCUGCAUUCCCUCCACUCCGUUUACUCGGCACACACCAUGGAAUCAGAAAACCAGCAUGACUACGAGGAUCCAUUCGAUCGUGUGGACACCUCUUCCCCGAUUUUUCUCUCCGAUGAGGAAGAGGACCUGGGAAGCCCUGGCAUCACGUUCUCUGAGAUCAUCCAGUAUCUGUUUGGUGCAGAUGAACCUGAACGCUGCACCCCCGUAGCAGACAACAUAGCUCCUUCUUACCUGGAGGGAAGCGGCACCUCUGUCGCUGAGACGUACGACCAGUUCUUCUCGGAGUUCGAGGCUGAGAGUUUCUUCUACCCACUCGCCUGCAGUGGACACGAUGAACUGGUUCCUAUUUUCUCCUCCUCGCGCUCGGCUACCAGGACCCACCACUUCCCCGAGGUGUAUGAUUAUUUUUUCCCAGAUGAUUCCCCAGUGCACUCGGAUGAGGACGAGGGGCAAGAGCAAACAUCCACGUGGGCGGUGACGCGGUGUGACCACACGGCGACCCAGAGCCACGACGCAACUGCAGCAUCAAGGUCGUACAAGGACUUCUUUCCUGAGAGCAGUUACAGCUGGAGCUUCUUAUGGAAGAACCCCCUCUCGCUCAGGAAAGCUCGUCAUGCAAGCUACGCGGAGCCGCCCGAAGGGUCCAGCUCCUGGGAUCUGACCCCAGUGAGGAAGAGCGGCAGGGCGUCCGGUGGAGGAAUCCAGGCCGUACCCACUGUGGGUCUCGGUGAUGGGCCGUUCCAGGAUCCGCUGCUCCUUGGCCUGGAGAACAGCAUCUUCAGACAACUGGCACAACAGCAGAAGAUCUGCAGUGAGAUGCAGAUAACUGUUGCUGAUCCAAGGGUGAACGCAUCACUGAUGCCUCUUAAGCAGGCUGACAUGUGCUUGGUUUGCAUUGCCUUUGCCUCAUGGGUCCUGAAGUCUGUCAACCCUCAAGGAGCAGACACCUGGAAAGCUGCUCUGUUGGCAAACGUGAGCGCCCUGUCAGCCAUCCGAUACCUGCGGAAGUACACGAGGGAAGAGGCGACUAAGAAACCGCCGCUGCGGCAGAUCGAGCCGGCGUAAAAACCCCCAGAAGCCUCUGGACGCGGCCGCGUGGCCUUUCAUCCAUCCACACGUCUUGCUUCCCAUGUAGCCUAUCAAGAGGACGAGCAUGAGCUCCAGUACGGUACGCGUGCAGGAAACACAUGACGCCAGUGUUGUUACUGGUACAGUGAUGGUCGUUAAUGUCAUUCAUUGUUGAACUGUCAGUUUGUUCACUGCUCAUUUGUGGGUGUACGGUGGAUUCAGAAAGUAUUCAGACCCUUUGUUGCACGCUUCAUUGUGUGGAUUUGAUUUUGAAUGGAUAUAAAUACCAUUUUUACCCAUCAGUCUACACAUAACCCAUAAUGGCAAAGAGAAAACAUGUUUUAGAGAGUUUCAAUAAUUCAUUAAAAUCUAACUAAAAUCUUUCAUUCACAAAAGUAUUCAGACCAUAAUUUCAGUACUUUGUAAAAUCCUCUAUGGUAGCAAUUACAGUUGCACGUCUCCUAGGAUACGUCACUACAAGCUUUGCACACCUGUAUUUAGGUUGUUUAUCCCAUUUAUCUUCAUGGCAGGUCCUGUCAAGCUCCGUCAGAGCGGUUGGUGUGCAUCUGUCUCUCCACAGAUGCUCUGGGAUAUAAGUCUGGGCUCCGGCUGGACCGCUUGAGAACAUUCAGAGAGUUGCUUUGUUUGUAGACUUCAGGUCAUGGUCAUGUUGAAAGGUGAAGUGUCACCCCAAUCCCCGUUGGCUUGAACUAUGGAACAUCUUUCUUUAAGGUUAUUUUCCUAUAUUUGGCUGCAUUCCUUUAUUUCUCCAUUGUUACCAGUCUCCCUGUCCUUGCCGCUCAGACUUAGCCGUUGUUUCAGUGUAGGGACGGCAUUAGCCGAUGAGCAGAGCCUGAUUUCCUCCGGACACAGUGCUUGCUCUUCUGCCCAGGGAAUUCUGUUUUCAUCUCACUGGACCAGAGAAUCUUUUUCAGGCACUUCCAGAGUACUUUACAUGGCCUCUAGCAAAUUCCAAGCAGACUGUCUUAGGCUUUUUACAGCAGUGAUGUCCGUCUUGCCAUUCAGUCAUAAAGACCUGGUUUACGGAGUUGUGCAAAGUAUGUAAGUAAGUAAGAAAGGUUUUAUUUGCAUAACACUUUUAAUAGAGGUGUACAAUACACUCUACAGAAAAUAGGUGAAAUAUAACAGUUUACAGGAACUGAAACAGGAGAAAGAUUUCCAACAUGUCAGAUGUCAGUGCAUUUUCCACUGGCCCUGAGUGUGGAAGAGAAGUGGAGGACCGUGUGCAGAAAUGUAGCAGAAUCUCAUUCAUCUCCUCAGUUCUAGUCCUCAUAAAAUUAACCAUUUCUUUGAGGAUUGUGGCCUCAUGUGUCUCUCAUGUGUCUCUCAUGUGCCUCUCAUGUCUCUCGUGUGUCUCUCAUGUUCACUGAGGGUUUGGGUGCUCUGACCUUCUGCAGGGUGUGUGCUGGAGAUUAUCAGCAAGCAUUCAGGGCUUUUGGAGCUCCUAUACAGGGACGCUGGGUUGUUUUUUGUCUCCCUGACCAAAGCCCUUUGCUGCCCAGAUGACCAGUUUAGCCAGGCAGCCAAAUGUCAUGCCAAGCUUCUUCCUUUUAAAAAUUAUUAUUAAUUAUUAUACUGGGAACAUUCAGAGCCAUAGGUACUGCUAUAUAUUCUUGCCCUGAUCUAUGUCUUACCAUGAUCUGAUCGCAGAGAUCCACAGAUGGUUCCUUGGAUUUUGUGGUUUGGACACAGGUGUGCAGCUUUACAGACUUUGUACAGUCAGUUAUAUUUGCAACAUAUGAACUCCAUGGGUGAGCACUACACACAUCCAAAGGAUAAUUACAACAAACAGGAUGCACGUGACCUCAGUCUGGAAUGCUACAGAAAAUGGUCUGAAUACUUUUGUGAUUUCGGACUCGCAAUAAACGAUUUCCGUUUUUGAUUUUUUAUCAAUUUUUAAAGCUCUCUAAAAACAUAUUUUUCUCAUCAUUAUGUGUGAUUAAGUAUAAAUUGAUUUGGUAAAAAGUGCAAUUAUAUCCAUUCAAAAUCAAAUCCACAGCACAAUAAACUGUGCAAGUAAAGCAGUCUGAACACUUUCUGAAGACUUUUCUGAAUCUUCAAGUAAAAUGUCAUAACCAUGCAAGGUAACAGUUAGAUGACCAAAGCCCUUCCUGUUUAUGAAACUUGUACUAGAUUUUACUGUGUCAAAUCACGCUGAGUUUUUCUAAAUAUAGAGAAUAUAGUGGCAUAUGGCAAAGACGUUUUAUGAGGAGGUGCUGAGUGAGACAAAAAGGUCAUGUCUGAAAGAGAACACUACUGAACGCUGGCAACCAAAGUGGAAGUGAGAUGUGUGUGAAAUCAAAGGGAAAAUGAGACUGUGGUGAGUAGGUUAAUGAAAUUAAAGGAAUUUGGGUCCGAGGUUAAAAAAUAUUGCUUUUAGUUGUGGGAAAAUAGCAUGCCACAAAAGUUAAAUGUGCAUUUCAGCCCCGUAUUUGACACAAAUGUAAAAAUCUAAAAUUUUGGUUAAUGAACAGCUGUUCUACUAGCUUUAACAUCACUAGCACUAUAAAGUGUCAUUACUGGUAUCCUCUCUCUGUUUCUCUCUCUCUCUCUCUUCCUCUCUCUCACUCUUGCUUAUUUGUGGGAGAGAAUCUUAUUUCAGUGAAAUAAAGAAAUAUUUUUGAUUAAUUUA